AGUACAAAAAAAAGGCAAACUAUCCAUGGAGAUUAUUUCACCCCCACAUUCCACUUAUGUAAACAUGAAAGAGAAGCUAAAUCAGAAUAAACUGCGCGAAGUACGCGUUACACUGUGAUCCUUUUUGCGUGUGAGUAUCCCCCUUCGAAAGCCGACUUGGGGUGUGGACUUCCAAUGGGGGCAGCUACUUAGCCGUGUGCGAUAGGCAUCACCCCCUGAAUGAUCACCCUUCGGAGGGGAUUGCCAUUUUGCCGCGUUUUUUCCCCGUGUAUUCUACCCCCUCCCUUUUAUAUUCAACCCUGUUUAUGCGUAGCUCUUUUGUGGUUGACCCAUCGCUUGCAUCGCCUGCGUAGCAAACCCGUUCGACCGUCUCUCCGUUGAGUUGUUACUCCGCCCGGACGGAUUAAUUGGCACUUUCGGGUCACCCCCCCCCUGACUGCACCCCCCCUUGGUUUUAACUCCCCUUUUAAUUUAUGGGUAGAUCAUUCAAGGUUUUCCUGAGCAACUACGUGUACAGCUGCUCCGAAUGUGGGAACCACCUGUCAGACCCCACCGAGUUAGUGUCCACGUCCUUCCGAGGGAGGACAGGCCCCGCAUGGCUUUUCUCCAAAGUAAUAAAUGUUUGCGAAGGACAGUACGAAGACAGAAUGAUGACCACGGGCCAGCAUACCAUCGUCGAUAUUUAUUGUAACAACUGUAGAAACAAUGUAGGGUGGAAGUAUGAGGACUCUUCGGAGGAAUCACAGAAGUAUAAAAAGGGAAAGUACAUUUUGGAGAAGGCGUUGCUUUCCUUUUUGGUUAUAGACCAACACGGGAAGGAGCAUGAGUUUGAGUUGAAGUCGUCUGACUGCGAUUUUUGACGGCGCGUCGGCAGCUAGCCACUAUGUGGCACUUCCCCCCUGGAUAGAUAAACAUAGCUCUAACAGCACUGUGCACAAGUCCGCUUUUUUCCCUUUCCUUUUUUUCCGCUUUUUUUGUUGCUCCUUUCGCACGUGUAUCGGCACGUGUCGGUACAUGUGUCCACACAUGUGAGUGCUGAUACGCACUUGCACAAAAGUACGCGACCUGUACAGUGCG